GUGCCGGUGGAGGCGGCGGUUGCGGUGGCGGCGGCUCUCGCCGCCCCCUUCGCCCCCGGCCCCGCGUCCCCAUGGCCGGGCAGGAGUGGGACUGGUUCCAGCGCGAGGAGCUCAUCGGGCACAUCAGCGACAUCCGAGUGCAGAACCUCCAAGUUGAACGGGAAAAUGUACAGAAGAGGACCUUUACCAGAUGGAUAAACCUGCACUUGGGAAAGUGCAAGCCCCCUUUGAAAGUGAAAGACUUGUUUAUUGAUAUACAAGAUGGCAAAAUCUUGAUGGCACUCCUGGAAGUCCUGUCAGGACAAAAGUUGAUGCAUGAAUACAAAUCUUCAACCCAUCGCAUUUUUCGUUUGAACAACAUAGCCAAAGCACUUAAGUUCUUGGAGGACAGUAAUGUAAAGCUUGUUAGCAUUGAUGCAGCAGAAAUAGCAGAUGGAAAUUCCUCUCUGGUUCUUGGACUAAUAUGGAAUAUAAUCUUGUUUUUUCAGAUUAAGGAGCUGACAGGCAACCUCAACAGGAACUCCUCCUCCUCCAGCCUGUCCUCUGGGCCCAGUGGUCCAGAGUCAGACACAUCCCCCAGCACUCCCAGCGUGGAGAGAAACAUGUCUAUUACAGUGAAGGAUCAACGGAAAGCCAUCAGGGCCCUUCUAAUCUGGGUCCAGAGGAAAACCAGAAAGUACGGUGUUGCAGUUCAGGACUUUACUAGCAGUUGGAGGAGUGGCCUUGCUUUCUUAGCCAUCAUAAAAGCCAUAGAUUGCACUUUGGUAGACAUGAAGCAAGCACUGGAGAAAUCAGCACGAGAAAACCUGGAGGAUGCUUUCAGCAUAGCGCAGAAUAAGCUGGGUGUUCCUCGGCUCCUCGAACCAGAAGAUAUCAUGGUGGAAUCACCUGAUGAACAGUCAAUCGUCACAUACGUGGCACAAUUUCUGGAGCACUUCCCAGAGCUGGAAGGGGAAGACUUUACAGAUCCUGACAAGGAGCUUCCAAUUGAGUCCACAUAUGUCCACAUCAAAGACACACCGUCAGAAAAGGAAGGCAAAAUCUUGAUUUUAAGUGAAAGUGAAGAAAACUUGUAUACUGUUAAUCACGAGAGGAGUCAUCCUGCUCCUCCAAAGGUCCAUAUUCAUGACAUCCCUGAGAGAAUCCCCUCAGAAACCGCUGCUGAAAAUUGUAAUGGGAAAUUGAGUCAAGUGUUAGGUGACUUACAGGAAACAUCUGAAGAAGAGCCUCAGAGGCCUACCUCACUGAAAAUCACAGGAUCUGUCAGUUUUGAAUCCAGUUCCUCUUGGGAGGUUCUAAGUGAUAAAUUCAUGUCAGGUGAAGGGGGCAUCUCUGAUGAUCAACUGAAACAGAGCAAUGACCUUUCUCCAACUGUUCUGACAGAUCAGAAAAAUUCUGUCGACUCUUUUGAAGAAUACUCUGAAGAAUUAACUAAAGAAACCCCUACUGAAUAUGACAACGAAACUAAGAGCCUUUCAGCCAAUACUUCUUCUUUGAGUCCAUUAUCCUGGACUUCAGGUAUACUUACAGAUGAUUCUAUUAAUAAAGUAGAAGAGAGCAAACCCCAAUCUUCAAUUCUUUUACCAGAAGAUACCUCAAAACAAGAAGAUACACAUAAGUAUGUUCUUCAUCUUCUAAAUGAGGAAAUACAGAAACAUCCAGAAGAUGAACAUACAAAGGAAUCACCUGCCUUCGAGACAAUAGAAUCAAGCCCUUGUUCACUGAAUAGUUCUAAUCUCGAAAGCCAAGAACUGUCUACACAGCAUGAAACAUCUGAUGACUCUCUCUCAGAUGUACCUAAGACUCCAGAUGACCUGGACAGCUGUGAUGAAGUUGAGUCUACAGCUCAAGUGUUACCCAGUUCUUCCAAAGUAUCUGUAAUACCCCAUGAUCUCUUUUAUUAUCCACAUUAUAAUGUCCCUAUAUCAGCAGUUCUGAACGCUUACCUGGAGCCUUGUAUCGAAGGUUAUGACACUGGAAAUGACAAAGCUUCUUCUGAAACAGUAACAGAUGUUUUACCUGACAAGAGCUUACCAGAACAGAACUACAAGGAAGAUGCUCCAGAGCCAGACUUAGACAAUAAGCUAAGCACCCCUCCAUUAGAAACAGAUACUGAGAACAGUGAGGAGGAAACUACAAAUAUUAACAGUCACAUGAAUUCUUCCGAUGAAAAAGAAGUGCCAUUACUAGUAGAAGAGUUAGAAAUUGAAGAAGAUGGCAAUAAGGCCACCAACGAUCAAGAUUCCACUAUUCCACAACAUCUUGAGGCCAUAGUAGAACCUCUAGAGGAUUUACCAAUAGCUAUAAAGACAUCAGAAGAAAGUAGUAAUAGGGAGGAGGAAGGGGAAAAUAUGAUUGAAGAAGAUUUGCAGAUCUCAGAAGUUGCCACUACUACUCUAUCACAAGAUAACCUGCAAGAAAUUGCUGAAUGCCAGGAAUUUACCAGAACCAGUGACAAUGAUGCCAACAUUUAUCUCCGAAAAAGGUCUCCUAAUCCUUCUGAGGAGGAAACCUAUGGUGUAAAUGAGCAGAAGAUGACAGAUAUGGGUGAAAAUACAUUAAUCAUCAGGAAGAAAAAGGACUCAGAAGCGAGUGAGAUCUCACCACCAAUUCAUGAGAUUACAAUUUUUGAGCAGCCAGAGCUAUUUUACUUCAUCAUUUUCUUCUGGGUGCUGAUCUACUGCCUUUUACUCCUUCCACAGCUUCUUAGCAACAAAGUUUGAUCUGUGUGAGGUGUGGAAAAAUAAAGGAUGGUGGCUGGAUUGCUUUGUGUAUCUGCAUAUGAAUAUGUUCCUUCAGGUGAAGCACAAACAGAAAUCCAGGACCUGGUAUUUGCAUUUAUUAUCAGGUUGUCUUCAAUUCCUCUACUGUUGUGCUAUGACAGUGUCAAAGCACGUUUUAUAUUAUGAUAACUGUGUAAAUGUAUAUAAAAAUGACCUGAUUUAGUAGACGCAAUUUUGUACAUUUGUGCCUUGCUUUAUAAGAUGCUAAAUAAAACCAGAUAAUUAUCAGUAGAAAUAUGAACAA